GAUUCGGUAGUGUAGUUCACAAGCUGUCCCUCAAUAAUCCUACCCAUUUUCUGAGAUCUAUUAGAAAGAGGGAGUUAUUGGUGUGGUGACAUACAGAAAGCUGCCUGUUUGUUCCUCAUUAAUAGUAUUUAGUAAACUCAAACUUGUUUCCUGAGAGCCGCCUACAUUUUUUUUCUUUUAGCAAUCCUAUUUAGCUGUUUAAUACACUGGUCUCAUCCCACAUUCUAAAAUCAAACCCAGAAUUAAAUUUGCCUUCAUUUGAGCAUCAACCAGCUUGGCAACAAAGAUGAAAAAUCCAGUGCUGAAUUUCCUGUGUUUAUUCUUGGAUAGAAUCUUAUAUUUUAUGACAUUUAAACCGAAUGCCCAAGAAUCUUCCAAAGAGGAUAAAAAUGCCAACAGUUAUGAAGUGUCUCUCUUCAAAAAAGGCGACCUUCUGGAAGUUCCAAGGACUCUCUUUGUUCAUUUUGGCAUUUAUUUGGGAGACAACAAGGUUGCCCAUUUGAUGCCUGAUAUUCUUCCAGCUUUUUCUUCAGACAAGUCUCACAUUCAGCAAGUUGUGACAAAUAAAAGGCUUAUAAUGGGUGUCAUUGCUAAAAUGGCUAGCGUUAGAGUGGACUCAGUGCAGAAUUUCGCCUAUGGUGGAACCAUCUUAAUUAACCACAUGGAUCACAGAGUUACAAGUAAGCCUCUGCCUCCUGAGGAAAUAGUCAAGAGAGCUGAGAAACUAGUUGGCGUUACAGAAUACAGUCUGCUGUGGGACAACUGUGAGCAUUUUGUAAAUGACUGCAGAUACGGCAUCCCUCUGAGCUUCCAGACUGACCAGUUCUGUGAGACAGUAAAGAAGAUUAUUCGAGAUCGGAGAAGCAUUCUACUUUCUGCUGCUAUUGGAACGGCAUCAGUACUUUACAUGGGCUUUGGACUUUGCACCAUCCUUCCCAAUUUCUUCAUUAGCUUUACAUUGUGGAUGGCCAGCUAACCAUACAAGACUGCAAUGUACAAGCAAUGUCCAUGAUUCAGAGAGUUUAUCAUGGGCUCCUGGAAUAUUAUUGACUGAAAUGUCCCAUUGGCACUGCAUGGUCUUGUCCCACCCGAGCACUGCCAAUAAUCAAUGUCUGGAGUACAUUGUACUGUGUACAAAAAUAGUUCAGCCAUUCAGCACUACCAUUGCCAUUUUUAUAUUUGCUACAUAAGAUCACGGUUUAAGCUAGUUUUAUUCACAGCUAUCCUAUUGGAAGUGGAUAGUUCAUGUAUGGUGGGAGUGAUGCUUAUGCAACAGCCUAAGAACAAACGGAGGCAUCCAUAUUACAAUGUACACAUUGGGCUAUACUUAUAAAGUUGUGUAGCAUUGCAGUACCAUUUCUACUUACACUUUUAUGCCACAGUAAACCAGCUAUAUAUAUGGUAUUAACUGCUAUGUUACGUUGCUCUUUUUAACUAUAAACGUUCAAAUAUUUGGCACAGCUUUAUCAGUAUGGACUACAAUCUGAUGCUUUUUAGGAGUGAUGCUUAGAAACAGUACAAUUUGAGAACCUGACAAAUGUGGGAAUUAAAGCAAAAUAAAUAAAAAUUCUCCAAACUGUUACAAAGCAAGCUUUAAGGCAAGGGCCAGACAAUGCAGAUAAUUGCAUAGAUUCCACUGCCUGCUGCUCUCCUUGUCUUCCGAAGGCAGGGCUGAUUUCAGCAACAAAUGCAAAAGCGUUUCAGGACAAAUUCUACUGCUUCUGCCUACGCCCGAGCGGAGACAAUGCUUCCGAAUGUGGAUGCAGACAGAGCAGGAGAGGCAGAGUGGAUUCUCCCUUUGUUUCUCAACUGUCUGGCGCUAUCACUAGUGAGAGUUCCAGGGCAGGCAAUACUGAAUGAUACCUCAUGAACAGAGUGAAACCAUUUGUAUGUAUAUCUUUAUUUAUAGAGCGCUGCUGGUAUAUAUAUUUGCAAUACAAUAAUAAUGCACAGGGGACAAACAUUGCAAUAAACCCUGCAAUAAAGAGACUGAAGAUGAAGGAGGUCCCUGUCCUGUAGAUUUGUAGCACUUUAAUAACAUACUUUAAUAACACAGGUAUGUCUUGUUUUUAUGAUUUAAUAUUAUAUAUUUUGUCUUCCAGUUAUGGUUUGUUACAGGGACAACCUUCAAUACCACAGCACUGCAGUACUUACCUACCAUAUGUCAAUGAGCACAGUUUUCAGAAAGAGCAUUAGGCAGUGACUGAAAGUGUCCUCAGUUUUAAAAAUGCAUUUAUUAAAGAUUUUUAUGUUCAAA